AUGAUGAAGACCGAGAGCACCUCCAAGAGCGCCGGCUCCACGCUGCGGAGCCCAUCCCCGCACCGGAACGCGUACGAGGCGGGGAUGCAGGCCCUCAAGCCCGUCAAAGACAACACGUCCAACGGGGACAUGCAGGAGGGCCCCCGUGGGCGCAGGUACGGCUCUAACGUGCACCGUAUCAAGAACAUGUUCCAGCAGAUGCAGACCACCUCCCCAGCAGCGGAGGGGGAGGCGGAGGAGAAGAGCGUGGAGAAGCCUGGGCGUGUGUCUCUGCCCAGAGCCGGCAGUCUCAAUGAGAACGUGGACCACAGUGCUUUGUUGAAACUGGGAUCCACUGUGUCUGAACGCGUCAAUAAGUUUGAUGUGAAACCAGAGAAUGGGCAUGGGCGGGCCUCCUCACCCAGCUACUCCAAGCUGCAGGAGACACGGCGCAUCUUUGAGCAGCAGCAGCUGGAGAAGCAGGAGAAGCUGGUCACCACCAGGGUCCUGCUCAAAUCAGACAAGGGCACAGGUUACCCAGAAGGCAGGCUGGACGUGUCUCGCUUCAAUGGCAGCACAGAGUCUCUGGACAGCCUGGACGCCAGCGAGGCAGUGUCCCCCACAGUGAGCCAGCUCAGCCAAGUGUUUGAGCGAGCAGCAGAACUCCGAAACAACCUGCACCGUUUGUCCUCCACCCCUCCCCUGCCCUCCAGGGGCGUCAGCGCCAAGGUGGGCGUCCUCAACUCCAAACUCAUUACAAAGAGAGCUACAGCCUUUGCAUCCAGUAACAGGGACGAGGAGACAAACAAGGGCCAAGAGGCUUCAGCGAGGGCCUCCAGAGCGAAGGUUCUGCCUCCAUACGACAGCAUCAAUGGAGGCGAAAGUGCAGCUCCUGAACUGCCAGAGCCUCGCAAACAAAAGACUGUGUCAGACGCCGGCGUGGAGGCCAAAGUCCAGGAGGAACGAGAGCCCAACAGCACAACACAACAUGACUCUCAUCUUUCAGAGAACGGAGACGCCUCGCACAGCUCGCCAAAGGACGCUGUGCCCAGGGGGGACGCAGAGGAGGGCGAGGACAGGACGGUGCCCACAGAGCCGUCGGGACAGCAGGCGGUGGACAUCAGCACGUACAGCGCUGUGGGGGACGACUUCGAGGGGAGCCAGGCCGACGAGGACGAGGAGGACGAUCGAUACGAGCCGGAGUCCAGCUGUGUGGAGAUCUGUGGGCUCCCUGCAGAAGAGGAGCCUCCACCGUCCAGGAAGAUCCGCUUCAGCACUGAGCCCAUCAAGGUGUUUGCGACUUACCCCAACGACGACUACGACAGGCGCAACGAGGACGUGGACCCGAUGGCGGCGUCUGCGGAGUACGAGCUGGAGAAGAGGGUGGAGAGGCUGGACCUGUUCCCCGUGGAGCUCGAGAAAGACAGCGACGGCCUCGGCAUCAGCAUCAUCGGGAUGGGAGCGGGGGCAGACAUGGGUUUGGAGAAACUGGGGAUCUUUGUGAAGACCGUGACCGACGGAGGAGCCGCCCACAGAGACAGCAGGAUCCAGGUGAACGAUCUGAUUGUGGAGGUGGAUGGGACCAGUCUGGUGGGAGUGACUCAAAACUUUGCCGCCUCUGUACUCAGGAACACCUCAGGAACCGUCAAGUUUGUGAUUGGUCGGGAGAAGCCGGGGGAGCAGAGCGAAGUGGCCCAGCUCAUCCAGCAGACUCUGGAGCAGGAACGCUGGCAGCGAGAGGUGAUGGAGCAGCGAUACAACCAGUACAUGGACGAGCAGGAGGGCGGAGAAUACGGUACAGAUGAGGAGGAGGAUGAGGAUGAAGAGGGCAGUCCGUCAUAUCCCAGCGCGAUCGAGGUGUUUGACUUAGCCGAAAACGAGGACAUGUCUCCCCUGGAGACCGACCCGGAGAAACUGGCACACAAGUACAAAGAGCUCCAAAUUAAACAUGCCGUGACCCAGGCCGAGAUCCAGCAGCUCAAGAGGAAGCUUCACCACGCGGAGCAGGAGAAGCAGCGGUGGCGCAUGGACAAGGCCCAGCUGGAGCAGACUCUGCAGGAGAACAAGGAGCGCAUGGAGAAGCUGGAGGGGUACUGGAUGGAGGCGCAGAGUCUGUGUCAGGCGGUGGACGAACACCUCAAGGAGACCCAGGCCCAGUACCAGGCCUUGGAGCGCAAGUACAGCAAAGCCAAGCGCCUCAUCAAGGAUUACCAGCAGAAGGAGAUUGAGUAUCUGAAGAAGGAGACUCAGCGUAGUGCACAAGUCGGGGCUGAAGCUUCUCUCCUGAAAGAGGAAUCUGGGCAACUCCAAGAACAGGUGGCGGACCUGGAGUGCCAAGUGGAGGAGCUGAAAUCUGAACCCUUAUAA